AUGCCCCAAUAUCGAGAGGAAGAUAUGCGCGCCAUCCACAAAGCUGCCAGCGUGGGAAACCUGUUGAGAGCCAUACUACAUGACCAAGAAGAAUGUGCCGCUAUCCUACUAGACCAUGGUGCCGAUCCAAAUGUAAUGGACAUCCAUGGCAACACUCCUCUUCACUAUGCUGUACUCGGUAAAAACACAGCAAUAGUGGAAAAGCUACUUUCCUGUAUGGCAAAUCCAGAAGCGAGAAACGAGGAUGACUUCACACCACUUUUACUUGCCAAAUAUGAAAACAAUGAAAAAAUGGUGGAAUUUUUACUAACAAGAGAUUCGGAAGUUCAUCAGAUGGAAGGGCAUGCUCUGAAGGUGGCCUGUUACAAGGGCCAUAAAAGAGUGGUGAGUCAGCUAGCACGCAGACGUCGCCUAUUGGAUCUCUGUGAUACUGACAAUAAAACAGCUCUAAUUCACGCCAUUCAGUAUGAGCAAGAAGAAUGUGCUGCUAUUCUACUAGAGCAUGGUGCCGAUCCAAAUGUAAUCGACAUCCACGGUAACACUGCUCUUCACUAUGCUGUCCUUAGUGAAAACACAACUAUCGUGGAAAAGCUAGUUUCCUGUAUGGCAAAUCUGGAAGUGAGAAAUAAGGAUGACUUCACACCACUUUCACUUGCCAAACAUGAAAACAAGGAAAAAAUGGUGGAAUUUUUAGUAACUAGAGGUUUGAAAGAUCAUCAGGUGGAAGGCAACCAACAAUCAACUUCUGAAAAUAAAGAAGAAAGAAGUCCUAUGAAAUCUUCUGACAGUAACAAUCUUGCAGGUGCCAGCAACUUUAAGGCCAUGAUGAGAAUUAGCUUUAAAAAUGUGGUGAAGCUUGGCCGCAAACGUCGCAUUGCUGUUGCAUGUCCUACAUCAGACAACUUAGUCUUCAAGGUUGAAGAAGAGGAGGAAGUGAAAAGUAGAAAAAGGGAAACGUCAAAAAGCAUGCAUGAUGGUGCUGAUGAUGACGGUAACAAUGGUGGACUGAGUCAGCACAGCAACAGGGAACAAAGUGAUAACCAGCAGCCAAAAGAUAACAUUAAUGAGAAUGCAGUCAUUUUAAUGAAUAAGGUUGAAGAACAAGAGAAAAAGUCAAGUAGUAAAAGGGAAGUGUCAGAUAACAUGCAUGAUGGUGCUGAAGAAAACAGUGACAAUGUUGGUGUGAGGCAGAAAGGCAACAUGGAACAAAGUGAGAAGCAGCAGGUUCCUAUUAAGGAGAAAGAAAAUUCUCAUAGGAAACGUCGUAUUGCUGUUGCAUGUCCUACAUCAGACACUGUAGUCUUCAAGGUUAAAGAAAAAAAUAAGCAGACAAACAGUAAAAGGGAAGUGUCAGAAAACGUGUAUGAUGGUGCUAAUGAGGACAGUGACAAAAAUGGAUUGAGACAGCAAAUCAACAGUGAACAAACUGAUUCCCAGCAGCCAAAUGGUAAAAUUAAUGGCAACACAGCCUUCUUAGUGGAUAAGGUUAAAGAAAAGGAGAAACAGAAAAGUAGCAAAAGGGAAGCGUCAGAAAACACAUAUGAUGGUGCUGAUGAUGACAAUGAGAAUGAUGGAUUGAGUCAGCACAGCAUCAGGGAACAAACUGAUAACCAGCACCCAAAUGAUAACAUUAAUGAAAAUGCAGUCAUUUUAAUGAAUAAGGUUGGAGAACAAGAGAAGAAGACAAGUAGUAAAAGGGAAGUGUCAGGUAACAUGCAUGUUGGUGCUGAAGACAACAGUGACAGUGUUGGUGUGAGGCAGAAAAGCAACAUUGAACAAAGUGAGAAGCAGCAGGUUUCUAUUAAGGAGAAAGAAAAUUCUCAUAGACAUGGAUUCCCUCAUUGGUUCUGUGGAUUUUACAGCAAACGUCGCAUUGCUGUUGCAUGUCCUACAUUAGACAAUGCAGUCUUCAAGGUUGAAGGAGAAAAUGAGCAGAGAAGCAGUAUAAAGGAAGUAUCAGGAAACAUAUAUGAAGGUGCUGAUGAUCACAGUGACGGAAAUGGAUUGAGACAACAGAGAAACAGUCAACAAACUGAUACCCAGCAGUCAAAGGAUGAAAUUAAUGAAAACACAGUCUUUUUCAUGAAUAAGGUUGAAGAAAAGAAGGAGCAGAAAAAUAGUAAGAGGGAAGAGUCAGGAAACAUGUGUGAUGGGGCUAAUGAUGACACUGACAGUGUUGGAGUGAGACAGAAAAGCAACAGUGAACAAAGUGAUAAGCACCAGUUUCCUACUGUGGAGAAUGAAGACUCUGAUAGAUUAACCUUACAAGAAGAAAAAGAGAAGAGACAAAAAGUUGAUCUGUUAAGCAAGAAGAAUACAGGGCAGUCAAAGAAAAAAGAAAGGCAAUCUAUUAAAAAUGUUGAAAUGAACCCCAAAGUUGCAAACACCACUGCAACACAAGUGAUGCCAUUGAAGACUGUAAGAAGGAAUACGGUUGUUGAAGAACAAAAUUACACUCAGAGGCGACUUUCUCAAGAACAGAAUGCCAAUAUAUUACAAGAUGGAAUUCUGACCAAACACCAUUGCAAACCAAAGGGGACAGAAAGCGCUCAUAAGAGCAACCUGGGGAAAAUCCAGAAGUUGCUUAUCUUUUUAACCUCUCCAUUCCAGAUUGUUUCUGAUAGUGAUGAAAAAGAAAAACGUCUGUUAUGUGAAAAUCGCAUGUUGAAGAAUAAAAUUGCCAAGCUAACACUGGAACUAGACACAGUGAAAAAUCAGAACCCAGAAAUGGAGAAAAAAAAAGAUUUUUUGGACAUUGUGAUUGUCAAAGAAAAGAUUGACCAUCUUGAAAAGACAAUAACAGAAACACUAUUUCAACAAAAAGCACAGCUUGAAUUUCUGAGAGCUGAUCUUACAAUGCUAAGCUCUAAACUGGAGGAUGAACGACAAAACAGAGGAAGACUGGAAGCAGAAGGUGAAUCACACAGGUCUAGCCAGGCUACUGUUGUACAGGAUCAUGAGCACUGCCAGACUUUAAAAGGAUAUCUACAAGUUGAUUUCAAGAAAGAAAAAGAAGAAUGGAUUUGUUCCCAGGACAAAAAUAAAUCUGAUAUGUCUAAUCUAAAAUGUGACUUUGAGAUUCUUUCUCAAAAAUUUUCUGUACUUGAAAGCAAAUCCAAUCGCCUAGAAAUUGAGUUGCAUCACACAAGAGAUGCUCUCAGAGAAAGGGCAUUAGUUUUAAAAGAUGGAGAAAGAGACCAAAGCCAAACACAGUGUCAAAAGGAGGAAACUGAAAAUGUGUCUCAAAAGGAACAAGGGAAAGUGAAUGCAGACAUUGGAAAGCAGGAAUCUUUACAGGAGAGGCUAUCUCACCUGCAGAGAGAAAAUAAGUUGCUUCAACAGCAACUGGAUCAGGCUCACAACAAAUCUGAGAAGAAAAGAAAGACAGUCAUUAGAAUCCAAGAUCAGUUUGUGGAUACCAUAAAAAUAUUGCAAGCCAACAGUGAAAAGCAAGGUCUUGUGCUGAAUGAAACAUGUAAGGAAUUAAUCAACGAAUGCCAUCUUUUAAAAGAAGGCAGACUUCAGUAUGAAAAUGAUAAAGCAGAAAGAGAUGCAGUCGUGAGACAACUUCAAGGAGAACUGGCUGAUACCCAAAGAAAACUGAGACAACUUCAAGGAGAACUGGAUGAUACCCAAAGAACACUGAGACAACAUCAAGGAGAACUGGCUGAUUCCCAAAGAAGACUAUUUAUGACGGAUGCUUCACUGAAGAUUGAAUCACAUCGUCACAUGCGUUCACAAUAUAAAAUACAAGAGUUGCAGAAGGAAUUAGAUGAAAUCAGUAGUCAAUGUCAUCAUGAAAAGGAAGCAUCCAAGAAGUACAUUGAUUUAACCAUGUCUCUGCAACAGAGCUUGCAUGAAGUAAUGAAGCAAAAGAGUGAUCUAGAAAAAUCAAUGGCCAGAUUUCAGGAACCCUUAAACAUGCCAAAAAGGAAUUUGAAUGAAGACCUCAGUUUCCCCAGAGAUUUAAGACCAAGUCUAACAGGAAUGGGAAUGCAGACUAGCAGGUUAAUACAGGAGUCUGAGGAGCCUCUUGCAGCUUCAACAAGUAAUCAUAGCCCUGAAGAUAAUACUGCUCAGCUGGAGGAAGAAUUCAAAGUACUUCUAAAGAAAUGUGAAGAAAUGACAGCUAGAGCAGAGUGGAGGAAAGAAGAAGGAUUAAGAGUGCGAAGACAAAUGCAAAUAAAUAGGGCAAAACACCUUGAAGAAGAACAGCGUCUAGACAGGAUUGGAGAAUGUUCAAGACCCGACAUAGCAUAUAGAUCAGAACAAAUCAGGCAAUUUUACCAGGAUUUUUUUGCCCUUUAA